AUGGUUUCGUUCACUUCCCUCCUCGUCGCCGCGUCGGCCUUUGUCGGUACCCUUGCUGCCCCUAGCGAGUCACCACUGGCAAAGGGCAUCACGACGAGCGAGACCGGCACGAACAAUGGAUACUACUAUUCGUUCUGGACCGACGGCGGGGCCGACGUCACGUAUACGAACGGCGACGCUGGCGAGUACAGCGUGACCUGGUCUGGCGAUGGCAACUUCGUUGGUGGAAAGGGGUGGGCCACGGGUAGCGACCGGGUCAUCACGUUCUCCGGCACGUACAGCCCGGACGGCAAUAGCUAUCUGUCCGUAUACGGCUGGACUCAGAGUCCUCUGAUCGAGUACUACAUCGUUGAAAGCUACGGCACCUACAACCCCGGCUCAGGCGGCACGUACCAGGGCACCGUCGACUCGGACGGCGCAACGUACGACAUCUACACCGCCACGCGCACCAACGAGCCUUCGAUCGAGGGCACGUCGACCUUCACGCAGUUCUGGUCCGUCCGCCAGUCCAAGCGCAGCAGCGGCACCGUCACCACCGCCAACCACUUCACCGCGUGGGCCGCGCUCGGCCUGGAACUGGGGACUUACAACUACCAGAUCGUGGCUACCGAGGGCUACUACAGCAGCGGCUCUUCGAGCAUCACCGUUUCCUGA